UUGAAAAGCGAAGUGAAAUCUAAUCCAUUUUGAAAAAAGCACACGGCGCACCGCUCCUUGAAAAAGAUGCCAUACCAAAGCUCUUAAAAGCAGUAUGUUAACUCAUGACCCAUUCUUAUCAUUUCCUGCUCUGCUCUCACGUCUCACCCCCAGUUCUCCCAACUCCUAACUUAUAUAGUUUUUUGCACCAUUGCAGCCCAAAAAGAAGAGGCAGAAAAAUGAUAAAAGCUGUGAAGAAGCUCAAGUUUUGGUCAAGAAAGAAGAGAAAAAAGAAAACUCACCACCACCAACCCUAUUAUCCUCCUCCACCACCAACACGACCUGCACCGCUGCCACCCGGACCCAGGCAUCAUUGCUGCUCAUGCUCAUCGUCCACCUACUCAACUCAGCCCUCAGCUCCACCCUUACCUCCAUGGCUGGAUGCGGAGUACACCCAUGAGGCUCUUUUUGCACCUCUAGUCCAACCUGCCCCAGAAUUUGGCUACCAAGCAGAUCCAAGACAACAAGAACCUACUAUGAAAACCAAUGCAGGCAGUGGCACCACCAGCAUCUAUCCAACCUCAUCAUCUUAUCAGCAAUACAUGGUUCCAGAUCCUGUGUAUGGAGUACCAGUUGCACAAACAACAAGAGCCACAACAACGGAGAGAUCCGCUGCUGCCGGGGUCUUCGGUUGUGUUGUUGACUUUGGCAUCCGUUUCUUUCGUUGUUUCUGUCCCUGCUUUCACAUUCGAGAAGUAGUCCUCCAGUAAUAUGAUAUAUCAGUUGCAUUGUAUGAGACAUAUAGGCGUUUCUCAGUGGAAUUUAAUGUUAAUUUCUGGUACAGAUUGAUUAUAAUAAAAAUAUAUAUAUUCCGAUGUGUUUAGUUUCUAGUACAGAUUGAGGAAUAAUCCCCUGUU